CGUGCACAAGAAGUCAUUUAUUAACAUAAACCCCCAAUUAAGCUUCAUGUCACAAGGCUCUUUUAAUAUUGACGUAAUUGCUACUUGGUACUCGAUUCUAGACGUGCAGAAAUUAUAAUUACUGCGACUAAGCUUGCCAGUCGAUUGGUUUCGAACGGGCGAUUACUAAUGGCAAGUAUUCAGGACAAAAUUUAUGAGAAAAAAGUAUCGGAUAAGUGGGUUAAUACCCACUACGUUCAGGAGGUAUGUCGACAUUUUCUAUUCGGCUACACAAUCUACAAGAAAAAAUUCAAGCAAACUAUCCCGAUUGGAUGUUACUGUUUGGUUUACAACAUCUCGAUAGCCGGCUUGAUAUCACUGCUUCUGACUCACACAUUAGACGGCCAACAACUUUUCGACACGAUCCACUAUAUGUUGUAUAUGAUAGUACUCGACGCUUACGUCUACACGAUCUUCAAAUAUAGGCGGAAGAUGCUGGAACUGAACGCCAAACUGGAUGAAUGGUUCCACUACAAAGAACUAGAACAGGAGGCGUUGAUUAUCAGAGAAAAAGUCGAGGCCAAAGCCAGCAGGAACGUGAACAUCUACGUGGGUAUCAUGCUGUCGUGCAACUUUCUGUUCUGCGUGAUGCCUAUGAUGAAACUGUCGUUCGCUUCAGACAGGUCGGACAUGCUCAAUUUCUUGAUAUAUCCGUGUUAUCUUGGCUUUCCUCUCGACACCUGGUGGGGUUUCGCUUUGACCUACGCUUUCGAAAUAGUGUGCAGCACGGCCACUUUCAGUUUGUACGCCCGGCUCACCUCGUACGGAUUUGUCACUUCAAUGCACGUCAAUUACCAGCUGAAACUCCUGAGAGUCGCACUGCAGACCUUGGAGAUCAGGUCGGUGAGCAUCAUGGAACGUCUGGGAUUUUCCAUGCAAUCGCCUCUUUGGAAAAAGCGUUACGAGAGGACUUUAGAAGAAGAAAUCAACACAAUAGCCAUACACUUACAAUACCUACAUGGUCUUUCCGAUUACAUCGUACAGAUACUAACUCCGGCUACUACUUCAACCUACACUGGAGGCAUGUGGAUAGUGUGCUUUUCCGGACUGGUCAUGUACACGGCAGAGAAUGAAUCGAUGCUCAUUGGGAAGUUCUUCGUGAUUUUCUCCGCCGAGCUCAUGAACGUGUAUACGUUCAGCUUGACCAGCGAAUAUCUCAUCACGUCUUUCGAAGAAACCAUCAAUUCUAUUUACUUCUGCCCGUGGUACAAUUUGCCCAAAACCUGCACCAAAACUUUGCUCAACAUGAUGACUCUGUUGAUGAAAGUUCCGAGUUUGAGGACCAUCGUCGGAUACAAAGCCAACAUAGUAAACAUGGGAGCUAUUUUGAACGCCUCCUACACAUAUUUCAGCUUAAUUAUCGCUACGAAAUCUUAAUAGGUUGACAGUUGGAAAAUGCUAGGCACACUAGUCGCAAAAUGUAUAGAAAUAAACACCUCACGAGUUA